GCAGUUAUGCGGAACUGCGUGUGGCUGCUACGAGGCUGGCAGAGCAGCUGCCAGUGCUGCGUACCGCCCGAGCGGCGCUGAGAGCUGAGAUGUGGACGAUGUCUCGCCAGAUCUGGGCAGCGUUCCAGUUAUUCCAUUAAGAAGAGGCUAGAGACAGAUUGUGAGUUGCCACUGGAGGACAGCAAGUUCCCCGUUGCUUCCUAAUGAUUGCCCAAGCACGUCUGAGCUUAUCACUGGCCUAGCUCCGCUGUUUCCUGGUCGAACAGCCUCCGGUCAAAGUGCUGCACCUGUGUCUCAGUUACAAUGACUUAGAAGAGGUCCUCUUUCAGCCAUGGAGAAAAAGAAACCGUGCUCUCGCUUACUGGACUACGUGGUGGUGGUCGGUGCCAGGCAGCCCAGCAGUGACAGCGUGGCCCAGACGCCCCGCCUACUGCGCCGCUACCCCCUGGAGGAUCACCCUGACUUCCCCCUCCCCCCUGACGUCGUCUUCUUCUGCCAGCCCGAAGGCUGCCUGAGUGUGCGGCAGAGGCGCAUGGGCCUGCGAGACGACACCUCUUUUGUGUUCACGCUCACGGACAAGGACUCGGGCGUGACACGCUAUGGCAUCUGUGUCAACUUCUACUGUUCCUUCCAGAGGCGAUCAGCUAAGUCAGAAAGGCCCCGGGGGGCGUCUGCGGUGGUGCCUGCCCCGCCCCCGCCCGGCGACCCCAGCGGUGCCCCUGAGGAGGCGGGCAGUGAGAGCUCAGAGAGCGCCAACUCGGUGCCUGAAGCGGGCAAGUCGCCACAGGGCAAACGCAGUGGCAGACACGGCCCACGCAGCCGCAACAGCGCCCUGACCUCGCUGUGCAUCAUCAGCCACUACCCGUUCCUUUCUACGUUCAGGGAGUGCCUGUACAUCCUCAAGAGGCUGGUGGACUGCUGCAGUGAGAAGCUCACCCACAAGGCCGGCCUCCCCAAAGGAGUGCAGAGGGACACCAUGUGGCGUGUCUUCACCGGCUCCCUGUCGGUGGAGGAGAAGGGCAGCGUUCUCCUGCAGGACCUGCGUGAGAUCGAGGCCUGGGUUUACCGCCUGCUGCGUUCCCCAGUGCCGGUUGCAGGUCAGCAACGCGUCAGCGUGGAAGUGCUGCCCCGUGAGAUGCAGAGCCCCCUUACCUUCGCCCUGCCCGACUCGUCCCGCUUCUCCAUGGUCGAUUUCCCACUGCACCUGCCCCUCGAGCUGCUGGGAGUGGACGCCUGUCUGCAGGUUCUCAGCUGUAUCCUGUUGGAGCACAAGGUGGUGCUCCAGUCCCGUGACUACAACGCCUUGUCCAUGAGCGUCAUGGCCUUUGUGGCCAUGAUCUACCCGCUGGAGUACAUGUUUCCCAUCAUCCCACUGCUACCGACCUGCAUGGCAUCGGCAGAGCAGCUACUUCUCGCCCCUACUCCCUACAUCAUCGGCGUCCCAGCCAGUUUCUUCCUGUACAAAUCGGAUUUCAAGAUGCCAGAUGACGUGUGGUUGGUGGACCUUGACUGUAACAAGGUCAUCGUACCAGGCAAUGCAGAAACGCUUCCCCCGCUGCCAGAGCCAGAGGCCUCCGAGCUGAAGAAACAUUUACAGCAGGCUUUGGCAAGUAUGAGCCUCAACACUCAACCCAUCCUCAACCUGGAGAAGUUCCACGAGAGCCAAGAGAUUCCCCUGCUCACCGCCCGGGAAAAUGCCUGCACCCCCUCCACAGAGUUUAACCCCCUCAUCUACGGCAAUGACGUGGACUCUGUGGAUGUCGCCACAAGGGUUGCCAUGGUGAGGUUCUUCAACUCCCCCAACGUGCUGCAGGGCUUCCAGAUGCACACGCGCACGCUGCGCCUCUUCCCGCGGCCUGUGGUGGCCUUCCAGGCCUCCUCCUUCCUGGCUUCACGUCCCAGACAGUCCCGCUUUGCAGAGAAGCUGUCCCACACUCAGGCUGUGGAGUACUUUGGCGAGUGGUCCCUUAGCCCUACCAACCAGGCCUUUCAGAGGAUCCACAACAAUGUGUACGACCCCUCCCUGAUCGGGGACAAGCCCAAAUGGUAUGCCCACCAGCUGCAGCCCAUUUACUACCGCGUGUACGACGGGAACUCCCAGCUGGCCAUGGCCUCCAGCAGCCCGACGGGAGCCGAAAACAAGCAGGACGAGGACUCGGACCCCACCGACGACAGCGGCAGCGACAGCGUGGACUGCGAUGACUCCAGCUCAUCUUAUUCUUCGCUGGGGGACUUUGUCAGCGAAAUGAUCAAAUGUGAUAUACAGGGAGACACGGCGAAUGAGGACCCCCUGACACAUGCUGCCCUGGGAGAUGCCAGUGAGGUGGAGUUCCAGGACUUCCAGGAGUACCGGGCCGGGGUAGUGGGCUUGCCCCUGGAGGGGGAUGGGCCCGUGGAGGGUCAACAGCUGAAGUCCAGUUCCAGCACCACAGCCAGUUCUAGCCCCAGCACCAUCAUCCAGGGGGUCAACCAUGACCAGGCUGAGCCAGCAGACACUGAGGUGUCCAUGGGACCCGGCGGGGCGGUGCAGAACCACUUCCCAGUUAUGGGUGCGCAGGCCUUUCCUGUGAUGGGAGCUGAGCAAAAGGACAGUGAACGGGCUGGUGCUAUGGAUGUCCUGGGCCAGAAGAAGGAGUAUGACAACCCGUACUUCGAGCCACAGUACGGCUUCCCUGCCGAGGACGACACUGAUGCCGACGGAGAGCAGGAGGAGAGCUACACCCCACGUUUCAUCCAGAACCUCAAGAAACCCCCACUCCCUUUGCGGCCCAACAGCUUGAGGCUGUCUGGCGACUCGGACGGCGAGUCGGAUUCCCACGGCAGCUCCCCCACCUCCACCAUCUCCAACAACAGCAACGAAGGCUUCAGCGGCCUCAUGAACUUUGCCAGUAACUUGUACAAGAACCACGGUACCAGUUUCAGCCUGUCCAAUCUGGCCCUGCCAAGCAAAGCAGCUCGGGACAAGGCCAGCCCAUUCCCCAGCCUUAAAGGCACCCGUCCCCCGAGAGCUCUGGUGGACCAGAAAUCCUCUGUUAUUAAGCACAGUCCAGUGAAAAAGGAGUCGCCUUCCCCUCAGGGGCGGACAAACAGCAGCGAGAACCAGCAGUUCCUGAAGGAAGUGGUGCAGGGUGUCCUGGAAGGCCAAGGUGUCGGCUGGCUGAACAUGAAGAAAGUGCGCCGCCUGCUGGAGAAUGAGCAGCUGCGCAUCUUUGUGCUGAGCAAACUGAACAGGGCCAUCCAGUCGGAGGAGGACGCCAGGCAGGAAGUCAUCCAUGAUGUGGAGCUCAGCCGGAAAGUAUAUAAGGGGAUGCUGGACCUGCUGAAGUGCACGGUGUCCAGCCUGGAGCACACGUACAGCAAUGCUGGCUUGGGAGGCAUGGCCAGUGUCUUCAGCCUGCUGGAGAUCGCACGCACGCACUACCAGACCAAAGAGGCUGAGAAGCGCAGGCGGAGCCCCACAGAAACCGCGGGCGGCAGCAGCCCGAGCAGUAAGGGCAGCCUGAUGCCCAGGGCGGUCACUGCCCUACCACCACGCCCCCUGCUGGUGCCCAAGUUCCAGCUACACCCGCCUGCCCCCUCCACCGGCAGGGGAGCUCGGCAGUUUGACACCCGGAGUCUGAACGAGGAGAAUUUUAUUGCCUCUAUUGAAUUGUGGAGCAAGCACCAGGAUAACAGAGCUCAAAAAGCUAUGGAAAAACUACAGAGGACGGAAGCUGCAAAAGCAGGCAAGCCGGUGGUCGACCCCGGGGACACAGAUGAGAAGAGAUCUCAGAUCAGUGCCGACAGUGGCCUCAGUGUCACCUCGGGCUCUCAGAAGAGUGAAACAGAGUCUGUAAGGACUGCAAAAUCCCCCAGCCUAACUCGGAGCACCAGCCAGGAUUCAGAGGCCAGCACUGUGGUGAGCAACAGCUCUGGUGAGACGCUGGGGGCUGACAGUGACCUGAGUAGCAAUGCUGGUGAUGGUCCAGCAGGUGGACUGCCCCCCCACCUCACCGUGUCCCGGGGUACCCUCUCUGACAGCGAGAUCGAGACCAACCCUGCCACCAGUUCUGUCUUUGGCAAACCUCACAAGAUGAAGCCCAGCCUGGCAGAACCGCGGGGCAGCUUAGGGAAAGGGGCUCAAAUCAUGCCUCUUGAAGACGUUAGCAUGAGGAUAUACCUCUGCGAAGGUCUGCUUGGUCGGGACAAAAGUUCUGUAUGGGACCAGCUGGAAGAUGCUGCAAUGGAGACCUUCUCUCUGAGCAAGGAGCGCUCCACACUUUGGGACCAGAUGCAGUUCUGGGAGGACGCCUUCCUGGAUGCGGUCAUGCUGGAGAGGGAAGGCAUGGGAUUGGACCAAGGGCCCCAGGAGAUGAUCGACAGGUAUCUGUCACUUGGAGAUCAAGAACGGAAACGCCUGGAGGAUGAUGAAGAUCGGCUUCUGGCCACCCUACUGCACAAUAUGAUGGCCUACAUGCUCAUGAUUAAGGUCAGCAAAAACGACAUCAGGAAGAAAAUCAGACGCCUGAUGGGGAAGUGUCACGUUGGCCUGACCUACAGUCAGGAGAUCAAUGAGGUCUUGGAUCGUCUAUCAGAGCUGAGUGGGCGGGAGCUGUCCAUUCGGCCCAGUGGCAGCCGUCAUAUCAAGAAGCAAACAUUCGUGGUGCAUGCUGGGACAGAUACAACAGGAGACAUAUUCUUUAUGGAGGUGUGUGACGACUGCAUCGUGCUACGCAGCAACAUUGGCACAGUGUGCGAGCGCUGGUGGUACGAGAAGCUCAUCAACAUGACCUACUGCCCCAAGACCAAAGUCCUGUGUCUUUGGAGGCGUAAUGGCCAAGAGACACAACUCAAUAAGUUCUACACCAAAAAGUGUCGGGAGCUGUACUACUGCGUGAAGGGGAGCAUGGAGCGAGCCGCCGCCUGGCAGCAGAGCAUCAAACCAGGGCCCGAGCUGGGGGGAGAAUUCCCGGUGCAGGACAUGAAGACGGGUGAAGGAGGGCUGCUACAGGUCACACUAGAGGGCAUCAACCUCAAGUUUAUGCACAGCCAGGAGCGGAAGGUUUUCAUAGAGCUGAGUCACAUUAGAAAGUGCAAUACUGUGAAAGGAGUCUUUGUCCUGGAGGAAUUUGUUCCUGAAACUAAAGAAGUGGUGAUCCACAAGUACAAGACUCCAAUGGCAGACCAGAUCUGCUACUCUGUGCUGUGUCUUUUCUCAUACAUGGCAGCGGUGCGGGGGAAGGAGGCGGAGAGCAAGGCCAAGAUUCCUCUCCUGCGAGCCACACCCAGCUAGUACCUACACCCAGCUAGUACCUACACCCAGCUCCUCCCACCACCCUCAGACAGGCCCCAAACACCAAGCCCUUGGCUUUUACGCUGCACGAGCGAGAGGAGCAUCCAUUCAUCUGUCCUUCUGUCCCUUUUACUAGGCUUCUCUUCCUGGGCCCGACAGCUCACAUGUAGGACCGUAAUCUGUAUUUGGGGCCAUUUUAACUGGUUUAUUGAAUGUACUACUGCUGUUUCUUCUCUUCCACAACCUUCUACCCUGUUUUAAGACAAUCGGUAAUCCUGCACAAACGGUAAUCUUGGAAAAGAAGGAAAGGAAAAACACUGGAGACCUUCUAAAGCCACCCUCAAAGUUUCAUUCCCCCUUCCCCCAAAAUGCUGGCUGUACAGUAAAUAUUCAUGUGCUUUAUGGUGUCAUCGACUGCAGCCUACAAGAUGCUUAAAAUGGUGGUAUGUUGGGAAACUGUCCUAGCUGAAGCGGACAUGCCGUUGGCUCCUUCACCUCUAAAGCACACUGGGGAAACACUAUUGAGACUCGUGGCACCAAUGAGAUAUGAACCACAACAGAAAGAUGCCUAUUGUUUGGCUUUUAGCGGUUCCUUUACUUACAGUAUUGUGAGUGGUCCAAAAUGUUUUGCUUGCCCUUGUCUUAGCUGCCGUGCCGGUUCUAAUGUUUGUUGUCUGUGAUCAGCACAGUUAAAACUGCAUGUUAAGAAUAAGAAGUUUUAAACGCUGUACAUUUCACUUAAACAGUCAAGCAUUACUAUUCAACUAUCGUUCGUCCUCUAGAUGUGCAAUAAAGUCCAUCACGAGUUAGAGUGGUCCGAAACAAUCGUAAGCAGAAAAGUUGAACUUUGUUUAACUGUAUGCAUAAUUUAGCAAUGAGAAACAGGUACAAUAUGAAAAUCAGCUGGGUUUGAAAAGCCUGUCCUGUAGAAAUAGCAGAGUUGCUGUACUUUUCAGUCCUGUCAUACUGUGUACAAGGGAGAUUGAACACCUUCUGUCCCACAGUAGGCUGUAGUGUCAUUCCUAGGAUGUGUAAUAUAUGUGGAACUCUAGAAGCCAUAUACUUUUGUGGUAUUUUUUUGGCUUUAUGUUUUUAAAGAAAGAAAUCUGUGUGUGUGUGUGUGUGUGUGUGUGUGUGUGUGCGCGUGUGUGUACAGACAGAUCGUUACUCCUUCCAUGAGAAAUAAAAUAAUUUAGAUGUACUGUGUGGGAAGAAGACAAAUAUUUAACAGGAUGUAAAUACGUCUGUCACAGGAAGAAUGAUCUGAACGUGUCGGCUGGGACUUGGUGAAUCCUGUAGCAAAGUGUGUCAGUGAUGUGUAGAAAUCUGCUACUGUAGAGAACAGGGGGAAGUGGUGUAAAUACUUAAGUGUUAAAGGUAUUUAUAGAAAUUGUACAGCUUUGGCAAUAAGAAAAUAAAUGAUGUCCAACUUCAAAGGA